AUGUCACAAACUGAUCUUGGCCCAGCCCUGGAGAAGGGGAUCUGGGUUGCGGUGGCCAUUGCUGCGGUGAUCGUUAUCUUACGGAUCGUCGGCAAAAUCAAGAUCAAUCGGUUUGGCGUCGAUGAUGGCCUGAUGAUUUUUGCUGAGAUUCUAGCGAUCGUAUCGACAGUAUUCUUGACCUUGUCGGUUAAGCAUGGAUUCGGGAAGAACCUCGACACAAUACCACCAAAUGAUAAGCAAGAAGUCUUGAAGAACAUCGCAAUCCAAGUGCCAAUCGUUACCAUCAGCACCACUAUAGCCCGCUCCGCGUUCAUUCUCUACAUCCUCCCCCUCCUCGGAACCAACAAGUACUACCAAGCCGCGCUAUGGGCUGUUCUAGUGAUACAAUUCGCUGGGAACGUUGCAUCGGCCGUACUGCCGCUUAGCAUCUGUCGCGAUGUGGAGGCUCUAUGGGACCCCAAAGUCGCACUUUCGACAACCUGUGGCGACUCGAAAGCAGUCAUCAAAUUCGCCUACUACUCCAAUACAUUCAAUUCAGCCACCGAUCUGUUUUUGGCCGUCUUCCCAACAGUGGUAUUCUGGAACCUGAAUUUGAAACUACGCAUCAAAAUAAGUUUGAUCGGUCUUCUGAGUUUGGGUAUCGUCGCAAUGGUCGCAUCUAUCAUCAAAACAACCAAACUGGACUCCGUACCCAGCAUCACGAAUACCGGAGCCGCCGGCGGCAUCGAACUACUCCGCUGGGGAUACAUCGAAAACGUCAUUAUCAUCAUCACCUCCUCGAUCCCCUGCAUCCGCCCCUUGAUCAUCUCGUCUGUGCGCAAGCUCUCCAGCGGCAAAUACACCCGCUCCUACGAACUCAGCAUGCCAUUCGGCGGGCGCAAAUCGGGGGGCUGCCCCAAACGAGACGAACCAGUCGCGCCGCACCCGCAGGUUCAAGUCCGAUGUUGA